AUGUUAUUGAAUAAAGAUGAUUCAACAAAAUUUUCUGUCUUUUUAAACCUAUUUAGAGCAAGGGUUAAUUUACUUGAGAUAAAAAAAAGAAAUGAAAUUGCAAUUCAAAAAAAAAAAAUACAUUUUAUGUUAUUGAAUAAUGAAAUAGAGAAGGCACAUGAAAAUAUUUGUAUAAUGCUGAGAAAUGAUAUUAUACAUGAAGUAUGUAAAAAGUUAAUUACACAAUGUAAUGAUUUUAAUUCAAUUAUGUUUUUUAAAAAGAAAAGUGAUAGUAGCGAUGAAUUGAAAAAAUGUCUACGAAAUAUAUUAUAUUGUUCUAAUAAAUUGAAUAUAAGUAAUACGGAAAAUUUAAGAAAUAAUUUUAUUAAAAUAUUUGGUAAAAAAUAUAUAGAACUGAUUGAAACAGAUUUUAUUUUAAUUGACCAAAAUAUUAUUUCACUUAUUAAUAAAUAUAACUUUUCAUAUAAAGAAAUAGAAGAAGUAGAAAAUAUGCUUUUAAAUAAAAUGAAUAUACCAAUAAAUGUAAGGAGACAUUGUUUUUGUGAAACAUGUAAUCCUACACAAAAUGAUAACGUUCUUUGUGAUUUAAAUAAAAAUGAUAUACUUGAAAUUGUAAAUAAAUAUUCUCAAUGUGCUGAAUGUAUUUUUGAUAAUAAGAGAAAAGAAAUAUUUAAAAACAUUGAAAAACAACUAAUAUUAAAAUUAAAUAAAAAUCUUUUAAAAAAUUAA